UAAACACUCCCCACCCCAAGCCCCCAUUCUCUCGAAUCCUGAGCCCACCAGACGAUUUCUAUUUUCGCCGGACCAACCCACCCCCACACCCACGCGCCGCCAUGUACCGGGCGGCGGCCGCCGCCGCGAUGGCUAUUUCGCGGUCUUCUUCCUCGGUGGUGAGGAGCUCGCUCGCGCGCGGCGGGGUCUACGGCGGGGCUGAGCGGCGCCGCUGGGCGCGCCGAUUUGCGGCCAAGGAAGUCAACUUCGGCUUCGAAGCCCGCGCCGCCAUUCUGCAGGGCACCAACGAUCCCGCGGACGCUAUCAAGAACAUGGAGUCGGAUAGCAGCGCCGACAAUGUUGGGGCGAGCCUGGUGAAGCAAGUGGCUGAUGCUACUAGAAAUAGUGGUACCACCUGCGGUAGUGCUCCUAUUCAAGGAUACAAGGCUACAAGUGUCAUUACCAGUUACCUGAAAUGUAACGCAUGGAUGAUGGAGUCAACAGCUGAAAUAAACCAGAAGUGCAGACUUCUUCCCAUUUUUGCUGAGGAUGCAGAUGGGGAACCUCUCUCAAUGAUUGUGCUGAACGACGCUUGUGCCAAGAUAUGUUCUGUCAGGGUUCUUGGAUUUCGUGAAAUCAACAGCGUAAACUGGAAUCGUAUGGCUGUCUCAACAGGAGGGAAGCUUGCUUGCAGACUCUUCUGUACCGAUUCAAAGGUGAAGGUAAAGAUCGAUAACAGAGGCGGGAAAGGACAACAGGAGGAGUACACAUUCUUUGAGAUGCUCAAGUUGGCGAUUAAGUCUCUUUUAUCGAAAGUGAAGUCAUUACUGGAUGGAGAAAUCACGGAAUUGCAAAGGGUUUGCUUUCUUGCGCUGUCAGUACUAAGUGCCAUUCAGUAUGGCUGUUACACGUUGGAAACAGCAGAUGCUCAUCAUUCCAGGAAGGUGGACGCUAGAUUUACUGAUGAGGAAUUAAAGCUCGAGACCUGGCGUAAUGAACGAGAGUUGAUUCUGGUUAAUAGGAAGAGGGACGCUGCACUUUUUGCUGCAGAGGAAGCUGAGGUCAGGUGUCAGGAAUCUGCUAAGCAUGCCGAAAACCUGGAGAAGGACUUGGCAAAGUUGGGGCGACAGAUCUCCUACCUAAGUAAGGAAGUGAUUGAACUGAGGUGGCUUCACAUGGUUAUGGGUGAAUCCAAGGACUAGGAUUAGGAAUUUAGGAUGCAUGUGACCUUUUCUUCUUCAUUUUUACAUCGAGAGUAUGUUUUGUGAUGAGGACCGAUGCCUUUUUGCCUGGCUCCAACAAAUGGUAUUUUACCCCGACUCUUAUUGACUCUCAUACCGCAAUGAUAGCCUGCGUCCGAGAAUUUGUAUAUACAAUGUAAAGGGCGUUAGACUCGUAUCUGUUCGACCCAUUAUCUGGGCCGGUCAUUCAUCAUGGGGUUCAUGCCAAAAUAA